AUGGAGGGAAUGCGCAUCGUGGCGCACAUGGGGUUGUUCGACAAGGGGAAGACAUUCUUGAUCAACCAGCUGUACGGCAAGAAUCUGCCAUCUGGUAAGCUGCAUGAGACGUCAGGCUUGAGCCUAGUGUACGUGCCGCAGAUGCGGUUCUUAGUCAUCGACACCAAGGGCCUACAGGCCCCAGUCUCUUACAAGAAGAAGGGUGUCCAGCAGCUGGUGGACGCUAGCCAGACAGAGGUGUUUUUAUUCGAGCUCGUGUCUCGAAUCGCUCACUACAUUAUCCAGGGAGCGCGACGGCGGAUUUUCGUUGUGAACGACUUCACCUGGCCCGAGCAGAGGCACGUGGUGCAGCUGCACCAGAAAUAUGUGCAGUCCAAGCGGGAGAACCAGCUCAUAGUGCUGCACAACCUGCGCACCACAAGAAGCAUCCGUGAGGCGACAGAGUUGUUCUACAAGCAGGUUGCCUCCAAGUACGAGGGCGUGGACAGAGGCGAGCUUGGAGGCCUGAUUUUCACCGUGGACGAGUCCCCCCGUAUUCACCACAUCGGACUUGCGGAGCAGGGCUCUCCUGCGGGCGACAAGUUCAAUCAGAAGAACAAAGCCCACCUGCUGCAGCUGCUGGACCAGCUGGAGGGCAUCGGGGAGCGCUCCAAGUCCCUGGCCAGUCUUCUUCAGGAUACCUUCGCCCAGCUACUGCCCGAAUUUAUCUACAUCGAGUCCGCCACUGGCGAGCGGCAAGACGGCUCUGGGCUUGUGGUGCUUAACCAGCUGGAGGCCCCCUCGGGCAGCGGAGGUGCCGUCAGCGACCUGGAGCCAGACGAGGAGCGCGACCCGCUGGUAUACAGGUCUGUUGGAAUGUUUAAGCUGCAGAUCCCUGACAACACCGUCGUCCACAUGAAGACCGAGGGGGUGUUCUCGGAGUUCUGCGAGCUGGUCGCGCAGGACGUCACCUUCAAGCCGCCCCCGCCCAACUUCUACGAGCAGCGCCUGAAGGACAAGCUCGUCCGAGUGGUCGAGUUCGAGGUGCCCGGAGUCUGGCGCAAGGACAUCAAGUUCCGGAAGGGCAUCCGCGGCUACUCUGUCAGCAUGUUCCGGGCCAAGGACGAGUCGCUCGGCGGAUUCGGCGUGGCCGCCAGGUUCCCCGCGCCUCGCGUCCCGACCGGGGAGUUCUCUUUUGACCUGUUCUUCGACGACGGCAUCUGGGACCUCGACGGGGGCCGAGAGGCCGUCACUCACGAGCACGGCAUACUGCGCAUCCGGCUGAAGCAGGACUUGCAGGGCGAGAUGUUCUCCCUGGAUGACCUCUGA